UGCAGCUCUCGUCACCACUCCCAAGACAAAUCGAUCCUCAGGCCGGAGCGAGUUCAUCGAUCGACCAUGGCCAUGGCGGCGCGUUGCAACACGCCUAGUGUCAACCUCCUAUCCCUCCUCCUCCUCCUCCUCCUCUCCAGCGCACUCCUCGUCACCGCCGCCGGCAACUCCGCCAAGGACGCCUGCUCCAAGGCGCCAGACCAGCAGUUCUGCGUGGCCUUCCUGGCAGGCAUCCCGGAGAGCAUGACGGUGGACGCGCGCGGGCUGGCGGAGCUGGGCAUCCGUGCCGCGGCCAAGAUCGGCGCCGCGGAGGGCACGGCCGCGCGCACCCAGCUGAACCUGGUCACGAUCAAGGGCCCGCAGUGGCAGUGCAUGGACUCGUGCGUCGCCGACGUGGAGGAGGCCGUCUCCCACCUCGACGUCGACAGGGGCAAGGGCGGCGUCACCGCCAUGGACGACGCCAAGUUCAACGACGCGCGCGACUACGUGGAGAGCGCCGAGAAGGACGGGCUGACGUGGAACUGCGACCAGUGCCGGGAUGGCCUCACGGCGCCCGUCAAGACCGGGCUGCUACCCAAAGGCAACGAGUUCGAGAAGGUCAUGGGGGCCGUCACUGCCCUCAUCAAGCGGGCCGGUGGGAGCGCCGCGCCGGCGCCAGCGCCCGGCCCGUCCUGA